AUGCUUUUGUUCUCUUUCCGUUACGGGCAGGGAGACUGCCAGACGGGCGAGAAGCAGUCGCCCAUCAACAUCGUGAUGGACGAGGCCAAGGAGGAGAGCGCGCCGGAGAAGUUCGUGCUCGAUUACGACUCCGCCGCCACCACCGCCACCGUUGUCAACCAUGGAUACACAGUUCGUGCACGUGCACUCGUUUUCGGAGCACGCAGUCAACGGAAAUUGACGGCUCACUCUUUUCCCCAAUCCCCCUCCCUCCCUAUCUCGUCCUCCCUCGCGCAGGUGCACGUGCACUCGUUCUCGGAGCAUGCCGUCAACGGGCUUUUCGCGGCCAUGGAGGCUCAUUUCGUGCACCAGCACGAGAACGACAACACGUCCCUCGCGGUGGUGGGAGUCAUGAUCAGACUGCAGCGCCACGACGAGAAGUCCGACUGGAUCGACAGCAAGGUACCAGCGGGGGUGGACACCAACACCACCAUUGACAGCAAGGUACCAGCUGCGGUGGACACCAACACCACCAUCGACGCUGGCAAAGCAAAUUGGCAGAGCAAGGUACCAGCCGGGGUGGACACCAACACCACCAUCGACGUUCCCCAAAACUUUUGGACGGAGAUGAUCGACCCGUCCAUGGGCUUCUGGCGCUACUCCGGCUCGCUCACCACCCCCGCCUGCAGCGAGAUCGUCGAGUGGCAUGUGCUGCGCAAGGCCAAGUUCCUCUCCGUGGCUCAGGCCAUCACGUUCAUGAACCUGAUCGCCAAGGAGAAUACCGAGCGCACCGACAACCGCCUUCCCGAGCCGCUGAAUGGGCGCAUGGUUACGUACUUCACGAAUGUCUCUGCUUAG